GAUCCUUCAGUGUGAAGAAGACGAGGAUCCUUCAGUGUGAGACAGACGAGGAUCCUUCAGUGUGAGACAGAGAAGAGACAUUUCCAUACAUAAACGUCUGGCUGAGCAACAAAAUUACCCCCUCGUAUAAAUUAAACUCGAGAAAAUGGCUCCUCCGUGUCGUGGUUUGUCAGUGAGUUAAGAAAAUGACUCCGUGUCUUGGCUUGUCAGUGAGUUAAGAAAAUGACUCGUGUCUUGGCUUGUCAGUGAGUUAAAAAAAUGACUUCGUGUCGUGGUUUGUCAGUGAGUUAAGAAAAUGACUCCGUGUCUUGGCUUGUGGGAGAGAUUGUACAAGUCUGCGUGUCUCUAUCCACGAUGUAUAUACACUUGUUGACGAAGAGAUGAGGAGAGUGUAUAUGGUUGAUGUAUAUAUACCCUCGUUGGUGAAGGGAUAAUGUGAACAAUAUUAGUUGUCACAUUUAUUGACUUUAGUAAAAAUGAAAACUAAUCGAUUAGAAAAUAACAGAAAUAGAAAAUAUUCCUCGUCUAGAGUAAGUGUAAAUGACCAGGAAAACAGAAAUUACUUGAUAAACAAAAUGACCAGACCAGAGAAGACCAGAUCUUGUCUAGACCUCAGUAAAUGGUCUUUCAAGUGGUCUCCUAUGUCCUUCGUCUCGGUUAAAUGGUCUCCUAUGAAGUCGGCCUCCAAGAAAUGCUCUCCUACUCCCCCCGUGGUGGCUACAAGGUGGUGGGUGGUGGUUGUGGUGUGUGUGGUGGUGGUGGUGUUGGCUCCUACUGGCUGUGCAGCACAAUACUCCAGCAUCAAGCUCCGUCAGGGUACUGUGCAGGGGGUAUUGAGGCAGUCCAGCGGCAGGCAGAUCUACGCCUACCUGGGCAUUCCUUACGCCAAGCCUCCCAUAGGUGAUCUCCGGUUUAAGCCCCCUCAGCGCCACGAGGGCUGGAGGACUACACUCUACGCCAGCGAGAUGGGAGCCGCCUGCCCUCAGCCCUUCCUCACGAGUGUCCAGGUGUCCGAGGACUGUCUCACCAUCAACGUCUGGGUACCUGAGCUCCCUCGUGGAUUCCGGCAGUAUCCUGUGGUGGUCAUGAUAGAAGGGGAAUUGUUCGUGACCUCAGCGGCCUCCAGAUUCCCGGGUGAAGACCUCGCUUCAAAUGACCUUAUCGUGGUGACCUUCAACUACCGGACCAACGCUUUCGGCUUCCUCACCUGGCAGGAUCAGGUACUGCCGGGUAAUCUGGGGCUGAGGGACCAGUCGCUAGCACUACAGUGGGUGGCCGAGAACAUUGACAAGUUCGGCGGUGACCUGACCAAGGUGACUCUUCUAGGUCACUCUGCCGGAGCCGCCUCAGCCGCUUAUCACCUCGUACUCCCCCGUAGCCAAGGACCAUUCCAGCAAGUGAUUCUCCUUUCUGGAUCCAAUCUUGCUCCUUGGGCUCUGAGUAGACGGCCCCGGGAGGCAACCAAGAAACUGUCAGAACACCUGGGCUGCGGCUACGUCUCGGGUUCCAACUACCUGGUGGAGUGUCUCAAGACCAAGGACGCCAACCAGAUCGUGAAGGGUGUUGAGCGUCUCAUCGAAGAAGGGAACCCAUACUUACUGUUCGCGCCAGUAGUGGACUCUUUCCUUCGUUCGGAUGAACGGAUGGUGCCGUUGGAGCCGCUACGAGCCAUCAAGGAGAACAUCAAUAGGAGGAUACCCGUCCUGUUGGGGCUUUCAGAGAACGACGGCUCUGUAAUGCUGUACAUCAAGCGGGAAAUCGGCUACAUGACCUAUGAUGACCUGACCCGCUACGGCCACGAGAUCCUGGUGCCCCUGUUAACCUCCCUGGCUGCCCUUGGUGAGAACUCCGCCGUCGUCAACAGAAUGGUGGAGUAUGCUUACCUGGACAAGGCUCCUAGGGGCAAUAAGGACGAACUGGUACUCGAGAUCGUCAAGAUGUUUACAGACGGGAUGUUUAAGGCUCCUGUGAUCAAGAUGGCAGAGGAAGUGUCUACUCUUACUUCUCUCCUUAUUGACCAACCUUCAAUACCUGUCACAACUAUUACCUUAUUAUCACCAUCAACAACCAUGAUCACUUUAAUUACCACCACCACUACUAUUUCAACCACUGUCAAUCACCAUCGCUUUAAUCACCACCACCACUCGAACUACUAA